UCAGAACAGAGAGAUGUCGACAUUGAGAACCAAAAACAUGGAGUUAGACUCAGAGGUGGAGAGAUUAAGAAGGCAACUCACUAGUGAGAGAUUUGAAAAAGAACGCACAGUGCAGGAAAUGCGGCGACAUGGCCUCACUCCUCCCGCAGACACGUCAGGGCGAGCAAUGUCGCGUAGUUCACUCGGUCGCAGUUCCACCCCAGCCCGUAGAGUAUCCAGCCCAACAAGGUCAAUUCUCAGGUCACCUGAAAGAAGGAGGUCACCAGAGAGAGUGACCAUCAGGUCUCCACGGAGUCAUUCCAGAGCUGAGAGGGAGGAGGAUGGUUGGGAGGAAGAGAUAAAGGGAGACAUACAAAUUAUUAGAAGAAGUCCCACUGAAUAAAUCCCUGCUGGACUGGAUAGAGGAUACUGACCAGGCUGUGGCUGAGAUGACUUCUGUGUAGGAUAUUUAUUGUUAAAUCUGGAUAACGGAUACCAGACUGUGGCUGAGAUGACUUCUGUGUAGGAUAACUAUUGUUGAAUCUGGAUAACGGAUAUCAAGCUCCGGCUGAGAUUACAUCUGUGUAGGAUACUGUUUUUGAAUCGUGGUAACGGAUACCAAGCUGUGGCUGAGAUGACAUCUGUGAAGGAUAACUGUUGUUGAAUCUGGAUAACGGAUACUAAGCUGUGGCUGAGAUUACUUCUGUGUAGGAUACUGUUGUUGAAUCAGGAUAACGGAUACCAAGCUGUGGCUGACAUGAUAUCUGUGUAGGAUACUGUUGUUAGUGUGUAUAAUGGAUACUGGCCAGGCUGUAGCUGAUAUGACACCUGGAUAAUGGAUAUUGACCUAAUUGUUGAUGAUAUGAAACUGUUUAGGAUAUGGAUAUUAAUAUGGGUAACAGAUACUAGCAAAGUUGUGGAUGAUAUGACACCUGGAUAUUGGAUAUUGGCCAAGCAGUGGCUUAGGUGACAUCUGUUAAGGAGACUGAUGUUAAUGUGGAUAAUGGACACUGACCAGGCUGUAUCUGAGAUGAUAUCUGCCUAGGAUACUGCAGUUUAUGUGGAUAACGGAUACUGAUUGGGCUGGUAUCGACAUGAUACCUGGAUAAUGGAUAUUGGCCAGGCUGUGACUGAUAUGACCUCUGAAUAAUGGAUGCUGAUCAGGCUAUCAGGUUGGAUACAUAUGCCUUGCCUGAGAGAGAGAGCAAGGACCAGUGACUGAGGCAGUUUGAAUACAUCGUGUUGGUUUUGUGCAGAAAAAAUAACUGUAUGAAGUCAUGCAUUAUGUUUGACAGUCCAUAACUGAGUCAUUCACUUUGUAAAACCCAAGUGACCUAGUAUGAGUGACAAAAAAGGCUCUGUACUAAUUGAAAUGGAAGAUCUCACAGCAGUAUUUUUAAAACAAGAUUUAGUGGGGGUUUUUUUAAAGUGAUUUAUAUUUUUAAAAUUUGUAAUUUUAAUAUCCGUCAGAGAGUCAUUUUGGUAAAAGUCACAGUAAAUGGUGUAACGUUGGGUUCUCCCAGGCCAGUGAAUUAAGCGGUAUAGUGUGCGUGGUUUGGAAUAGUGACUCCCUACAGGCAGGAUAGCGCCAUUAAAUUGUGGUAUGCAUGAGGAAUAUUUACAGCUACGUGGAAUACAUGCCGCCUUUGUGUGGUCAAUUAACAUAUAUACGACCACAAAUGUAACAGCUCCAACUGCGAAGGCAGCAAUUUCUUCAGGUCACUUGAUGCUAUCUAUGCAUGGAGAACUAACAGAAGCAGGGAGUUGAGGAGGACGCUUUGUCUGGAAGACUGGACGGUAUUCUGACCGUGGUUAACAUUGCGGUGAUGUCUUGUCCACUUAAAUGAGACUACUUCAUGCUACGUCCACUGCCAUGCC